GCUUCAGAGGUAACAUCAUCGUCCCGCUCGCGGAGACAAGAAUCCAAAUCUCUGAAGAUGGUCCGCUACUCUCUCGACCCGGAGAACCCGACUAAGUCAUGUAAGUCCCGGGGCUCCAACCUGCGGGUCCACUUCAAGAACACCCGUGAGACGGCCCAGGCCAUCAAGGGGAUGCACAUCCGCAAGGCCAACAAGUACCUGCGUGACGUCAUCGUGAAGCACCAGUGCGUCCCGUUCAGGCGCUACAACGGCGGCGUCGGCCGCUGCGCGCAGGCCAAGCAGUUCGGCUGGACUCAGGGUCGGUGGCCCAAGAAGAGCGCAGAGUUCCUGCUCCACAUGCUGAAGAAUGCCGAGAGCAACGCUGAGCUCAAGGUACCUGAACGCCUCACACCAGAAGUCAGUUCAGGAGAUAUCGAUGAUGUCAUUGAUCGUCGACGGUUCCUGUUGACGUAAACACAACGAGAGCGUUGUGAGAUUUACACAAAUUACUUUCAAUGAGAAACUAUCAUAAUUCCACGGAAACAAACUGAACAUUCAUUCAUAGUUUAUUCUUUAAAUGGGAUGUAAAUACCUUAAUAUAUUUGUAUAUACUGCCUAGCAACAGGCUUUGAGGUGACUGCAGUGAUGAUUAUUUAGGACACCUUUGAUUCUCCAUGAAGAGAAACUUAAUAUCUGAGCUUUGAUCACCAGAGUCUCGUGAACCGGCUUCUUCUGUGGUGCUCUACUGGCUCCCCAUGGUACUGAGUAGUACUAUAUACAUUACCGUGGUGACAGGUUCAUAUAUAUAUUCACUGAGCGUGUAAAUAAUAUCUUUAUUUUUGUAAACAAAAGAACAAACAACAAUCAAGAGGCUUUAGAGCCGUGUGCAGACUAUCCUGGAGGAGCCCCCUACAGCUCGUUGUUGUUGUUGGCUGCUUGUUUUUCUUCCUGGACCUAAAUGUUUGUUUGUUUUAAUAAAGUUUAUUAUGAGAUCAAACUGAA